AUGCCACGAGAUCACCCGUGCGUGCCGUGCUGCGAGAUUGUCGGAGUCUACGGAUACAGCCUGCGAGGCGUGUGUCACGUAACUGUCACAUCCCGAGGUUCUGGUGCUGCCGCCUGGGCAUUUGAUUUCUGUCACUUCGUGAUUUCGUCUGCUCUUCGGUCAUCCACGCGUUCUCUGUUGGACGUACGGAGAAGAAAGAGAAUGUUCGCGCUGUGUCCCUCUGUCUUCGACGGUCGACCCUGA